AUGGUUAUUUUGCCAGUAGGAAUAGGCGUGCUGGCUGAUAUCAACUUUCCGACCCACACUAUCUGCAACGGUAGUGAUCGCCCGAAGGAGUACAGGGCAGAUGGAGUCGGCAUCCCGGCCCUGCUGGAUGCGAUUCUCACCCUUAUGCCCCUUGAUGCCUACGUCGAAAAUCCUGUUCAGCUGAUGGAUCUGACUGAUGGCGACAAGGCAAAGGGUUUCCAAGUGCCAGUAUGGGAAGAGUACCGUAAGAUUUGUGACAAACAUGAAUCUGCACCGGUCAACUUCGAGAAGGUGGAGCGCUUCGAGUUCUAUGAGAGAGCCAAGAAAGUUUAUGCCAUCAUCCACACAGGAGAAACUGCAGCUUAUGCCAACAUUCUUCUGAAACGAGGAGUGUGCUAAUCACCCAUAUAUACUUACCUGGAAAAUGUAGUUAGCCUCUGUUAAAACAUUACCAUAGCUCUCUUCAGUCUUAGAAGUUGGACUUUGAAAUAUAACAAUUGUUAAAUAAAGUAGGUAUUGGACAAGAUGUUAACACUGUCACUUUUGCAUUUUUUUGCACUGUAUUCCUUGAAUAAUAGAACUUAUUGUACAUAUCUGUUCUGGAAGUUAUGCCAAAUAACAGAUAUUAUAGUGGCACUAUAGUGAAUAAACAGGCAAUCAAAA